AUGGAGAGGGCGAGGUCUCUGAUCCUUAAGAUGGAAGAUUCUCAUCACCUUCCUUUGGAAAAGCUUCCCGGCCCAGCUAACGGCAACACGGAACCUUUUCAUUCAGUAGAGGACAGCUGCAACCUUGAAGAUUUCAACUGGGACGAAUAUCUGGAAGAAUCAGAAUCUACUGCAGCUCCACAUUCUUUAUUUAAGCACGUGGAAAUCAGCCUCCAGAGCAGCUUGCAGCCUGGCAUGAAACUGGAGGUGGCCAACAAGCACAACGUGGACACUUACUGGGUGGCCACCACCAUCGCCACGUGUGGCCAGCUGCUGCUGCUGCGCUAUUGUGGUUACGGAGAUGACCGCCGGGCGGACUUCUGGUGUGACGUGAUGACGGCGGACCUCCACCCGGUGGGCUGGUGCACGCAGAACGGGAAAGUGUUGAUGCCGCCCGACGCUAUCAAAGAGAAAUACUCGGACUGGACGGAGUUCCUCAUACGUGAUUUGACGGGCUCACGAACGGUGCCUGCAAAAUUACUAGAAGGCCCUCUGCGAGGGAAAAACGCUGUAGACCUCAUCACGGUGGAUUCCUUAAUAGAGCUGCAGGACGGCCAGAGUCCCUUUCAGUUCUGGAUAGUGAGCGUGGUGGAGAAUGUCGGCGGAAGAUUGCGCCUUCGCUAUGCGGGAUUGGAGGAAACAGAGUCUUAUGACCAGUGGCUGUUUUACUUGGAUUGUAGACUUCGACCGGUGGGCUGGUGUCAGGAGAAUAAAUACCAGCUAGAACCACCUGCAGAAAUCUCUUCUCUGAAGACGACGUCUGAAUGGCGGACAGCCCUCACCACGGCUCUGACCGAGGCAGAGAAACAUUCCCUUCCCAUGGAAGUCUUUAAGGAUCACACUGAUCUGAGGGAGCACUCAUUUACAGUCGGGAUGAAGCUGGAAGCGGUGGAUCAACGGGAACCAGCCACGAUUUGCCCAGCUACUAUAACCAAGGUUUUCAACCACCAUUUCGUGCAAGUCACUCUUGACGACCUCCGUCCCGAACCACACAACACCACGAUGCUUUGCCACGCUGAUUCCUUGGGCAUCCUGCCGGUGCAGUGGUGCCUUAAAAAUGGAGUUCAUCUCACCCCUCCCAAAGGUUAUUCUAAUCCGGAUUUUGACUGGGCAGAUUACCAGAAGCAGUGCGGAGCGGAGGCAGCUCCCGAGUGCUGCUUCAGAAAUGCUUCCUGUAGUCGAGCUUUUAUGAAAAGCAUGAUGCUUGAAGCAGUGAACCCCCAGAAUCCAGCCGAGAUCUGCGUGGCAUCUGUCACUUUGGUAAAAGGCCGGCUAAUGUGGCUUUCUUUUGAAGGUCUAGCGCACACCCCUGCUUCCGAAUAUAUAGCCGAUGUCGAAUCGAUGAACAUCUUCCCUGUGGGCUGGUGCGAAGCAAACGGCUACAAGCUCUUGACACCGCAUAAAAACACCGCGCAAAGGAAGAGAAAAGUUGCGAUAGUCCAGCCGGAAAAGCAGAUAAUAUCAGGAGUGCCUAUUGAGAAAAUUCAGAAUCCUCACCGGCUUCCCCAGACGGACAGGAUGGGAACCGUCAAUGGGAGGUACAAUUGCCCCGUGCUCUUCAUCAACCACCGCUGUUUCUCUGGCCCACAUCUCAACAAAGGCAGGUUGGCAGAACUGCCGCAGUCCGUCGGGCCAGGCAAAUGUGUCCUGGUCCUUAAAGAGAUCCUUCGUAUGGUGGUCAACUCUGCCUACAAACCCAGAACAGCAGAUCUGCACAGAGCAGGAUUGUCAGAGGAGAGUGACGAGGAAGAAGCAGACACCCCGUGGAGCGAGGAGAUCAACCCAGAAUUGCAGGAUGAUCUAACGGAUGCCUCCUCGGGGGAGAUGUCUCUGGCCAUCCCAGUGAGCACAAUGAAGUUACGCAGCAGCAGAGACUCCAUCCAUGUGGCUCGGCCCGAGAGUGACGGGCAAGCCCCGAAGAAGCUUUCCUUCCUGCGUGCCCAAAGAACCAGGCAGAUCAAGCAGGCUGCGGAAGAGAUGCUCAUUCUGGAGAGCAACCCGCUGGAAUGGACCGUGACCGAUGUGGUGCAAUUCCUCCGGCUGACCGACUGCGCUUCCCUUGCCAAAAUAUUUCAGGAACAG